CCACGCGCCGUCCGAGGCCAUCGGCCGGUCACGUGACCGUGCGGGUCCCCGAGCAGCCAAUGGCGGCGAGGAUGCUGAAGAGCCACAACAAUGAGCUCCCGUAAUCAGCGGCCGAGGCUGGAGACACAGGAGUUAGGUUGAUAUGAACAAGUGGACAGGAUGGAACCGCUGAUUUCUGUUUGUCCGGAGUUUAUUGUUCUACAUACACUGAGCACAGUGUUGCACAGUUCACAGUUUCCGCCGCUUACUAAGUGCUUUCCAUUAACAUUUCAAUCAGCUGGAGUUGACAGAAAACCACAGCUUGACUGCUAAGUGCUGUAGAAUUAUUCAGCAUAAUAUUACAUAUUUCCAACUGUUUCUGCAUCUUGCCGUUUUUUUUGUUUUUUUUUUGUGUGCUGUGCUAAUUGAAUUUUCCCAGUACGGGAUUCAUCUUAUCUCUCGCAGGAAACCACGACUGUGGACGGUCUGACAACAAGGUCCAUGUUAACUUAUUACCGCAUACCUGUAUGUUAACGUGACAGCUGACGACUAAAUAAAACACUGUUGUUAAUGGAUAGUUUUACAAUGAACACAAGAACAUACAGCACUUGUCAGCAGCCUUCCCAGAGAAGAAUGUGGUCUACUGCUGUUGCCUUCUAAUCCUGGUUUCUUUAAAUAGUGCUCUCGCGGUGCCAGAGCCCUCAACCAAACCACUGCCUCUCCAGAUCACCCGUUACAAUGAAAGUGGGUCAGUGAUUCCACACCGCUUCCACCCCCACCCCCCGAGAAGUCCAGACUUAGUCCAGAGAUGAGUAUCGUGUUUUAUUUUGGGUUGUCUGCAGGCGUCCAUGCAUGUAUAGAUCAUGCAGGGAGAAACAUAAGGCACGAGAGUCAAGUGUCAGGUUUAACAUUGACUUUGUAGAGUUUAGUGCCCUACAGUUCCCAAUGCUGAUCAACUCACUCAUAUAUAAUAUUAUUUUAUUUUAUUAUUUUAUGCUGACGAGAGUGGUAUGAACAGAACCUGCUCAUGGUGUUCUUUCUCAGAGGCAUCUCAGCAGAUAGUGUUGACGACUCGGUCCAACUGUGAACUUCAUUUGAAGCUCUGGUCAGCUUUAUAUCAAAGCGGACCGCGACUUCCACACCAGACGGAGAAGAUGAACAACACAAGCCUGAGGGCGUUGGAUUUUUUGCAACAGCAUUGCAUUUCUGCCGUCACGCUAUGUCGGCACCGGCUUCCUGCCCAAAGCACCCACAACCUCCCUGUCAGGAUGUAGGGGACUUCCCAGCCGUGCGAUCCUAACACAGCUCCUGCAACCAUGAUAGGUUCCAAUGUCACUUUACUGUUCUUAUUUACAACAAACCUGAUGAUGAAACAUGUUUGUUUCACACACAGGUGAUUUAAAAUAGACCGAUGCCGUUGGACGUCUCCCAAACCAGCCCUUCCUGCCUCCUCCCCGGCCCCACCCACUGCUGGUUACCCGGCAACCGCUCCAUCCUUAUUUCCAGUGCCGACCGCGCCUCUGUGCACCAACCUCAUGCCAGCGCAGAGUGUCGGGCGCCAUCCCCAGAUGGCAGUGGGGGCACGGGUGCGUCUGGUCCAGCAGGUCCUGGUUCCUCUGGCCCCAGCUGGGCCCCUCGCUGCCCCACAGAGGGUGACUGGUGGAGUGGAAGGACCAAGCCACGCCGAAGUGAGGCCGAGGGUCUGUCUGGUUUAUCAAAGAGAGAAGAUGAAGUUCAUGCUCAGCCUCCCUCUUUUCUCUUUGCUCUUCCUCUGUGCAGCCCAGACGUUAGGUGUCAAGAUCCAAUCCAGCCAACCGGUGAACAGUGCGGGUGUCAUACACACAGAGCUGGAGCAGACUGUGUCCCUGCUAUGCAUGUCCGACAGCCACUCAGGGGCUCCGGAUGAUGAACUGGUCUGGCUGAGGAAUGACGAGUUGGUCCAACUAAAGGAGGAAAAUAAGAAGGGCAAAAGCAGCGUGUGCGUUACACCGGUGCUCCUCGACGAUAAUGGGGCCACUUUCACCUGUCGCCUGAGCACAAACGCCACAGAUACGACCUCGGUCACCCUGAAAGUCACAUACGGCCCACAGCUCUCUGGGUCAGAGGAGGUUACGGCCGAGGAGGAGUCCACGCUGGUCCUGAAGUGCAACAUCUUCGCCAAUCCACCAGUCUCGUCCGUUUCAUGGACCCUGAACGGAAGUUUGGUGGAUCUACAAGCAGGCGGCCUCACGGUGGUCAACGACGGCCGCACGAGCCAGCUGACCGCCAGGAGCCUGAGGAAAGGCCUGCACGAGGGCACGUACCUGUGCACGGCCCAGUCGCCCAUGUAUGGAAAUUACAGCAGGAGCUUCACUGUGACAGUACAGGAAAAGACCGUGAAGUUUCCCCUGAUUCCCCUGAUCGCAGGACUGGUGGUGGUUUUCCUCACUUCGCUUCUUGCUGUGGUUUCACGCUGGAAGAAAAUCAUUAAGUGCUGUAAAUAAGCUAUACCUGAAAACCCUGGUCUUCUUUACUUCAGUGACUGACAGAAGCCAUGGAGACAACUCUUUUGUGUGAAGUAUAUUAUAUCUGACCUUUUUAUUAUAAAUCUGGUAUUCAAAUUGGACAGUUGUGUAAAUGCCAGUAUUUGGUGUCUGGUGGCCUUUUAGAAGUUUAGUACCACUCUUAUAUUCUAGGUAUAGACUGGAUUGUCUAGUCACCACUUUGCUUCUAUUUUCAAACGGAAUAAACAAUCAAACACCUAUUUAAACAGUGUAGGAGGAUUUGUGGAGAUUCUGACACACGAUCAUUUUAAAAUGUUACUUUUCACCUAUUGGUUUUGAGACUUCAUUGGUUGUUUGCUUUUUAAAGCCUUUAAAUAGAUUCAACUGCACUUUUAGUUUUGUAGUUAGAAAUACUAUUGAGGAAAAAGGGUUGGUAUUGUAGUGUUAACGUUUAAUUUGAAUAUUUUAUUUAUUUGAACAUAUCUUAUUAUGUAUUAUUUAAUUGGCAAAUUGGACAAUGAUUAUUUUUUUUGCUGCUAAUACAUACAGACCACAGAUAUAUGCUGAGUGGCGUCUCUAUAAUAACAAAAAAUUAAUAACACACAUGAUGAAUGAAUGAUGAUGAAUGAAUUGAUGUUUGGUUUCAGAAACAUGUUUUUAAUGAGCUAUAACUGAAGUGUGUCUAAUAAAUGUUUAUGAAAAGAC